AUGCCCUCCCCCAAGCCCGUCGCCCUCGUCGUCGGCGCCUCCCGCGGCAUCGGCCGCCAGAUUGCCCUAGACCUCGCCCGCAACGACUACGCAGUCGUCGUGGCCGCCAAGUCCGUCACCACCGCCGCCUCCGGCUCCGCCCCGGCCCCGGACCCGAACUCGCCCGCGUCGACAAUCACGACCGUCGCGCGCGAAAUCGCUUCGGCCGGCGGCGACGCAACCGCCAUCCCCGUCGACGUGCGCUCCGAGCAGAGCGUCGCCGACCUCGUCGCCAAGACCAUCUCCACGUAUCACCGCCUCGAUGUCCUCAUCUACAACCCGGGCGCCAUCUUCUGGGCCUCGGUCGCCGACACCCCGCUGCGCCGCUUCCAGCUCAUGCAGCACGUCAACCCGGAGGGCCUCUACGCCGUCGUCCAGGCCGCCCUGCCGCAUCUGGGCCGUCGCGGCGGCCGCAUCGUCGUCGUCAGCCCGCCCAUCUACAGCCGCUUCUUCCGCGGCAAGACGGCCUACGCCAUGUGA